AUGGGAACCUCUGCAAUCGCGGUACAGCAAGAAAUCAUUCUCGAUGCCGUGAGGUCUACAGCUCGAGGAGAAUGGAAAGUUGUAGUCUUGGACGCUGGAAGCAAGCGGCUUGUCGAUGGCGUCGUCAAGGAAGACGACAUUCUAAAGGAAAACGUCACGAAUAUAGAACAAAUCGAGGAUAAAAGACCUAUGAAUCAGGAAAUGGAUGCGGUGUACAUUCUCUCGCCCCAACCUCAUAUUGUGGAUUGCUUGAUGGCAGACCUCGAGCGUCGCCGAUACCGCAGGUCAUAUAUAGUCUGGACAUCAUUGCUUCCUCCUGAACAGCGUCUCCGCCUGGAUCAGUCCGCAUUGGCAAGGGAACAGAUAGUCCUGCUAAGAGUUUUGAACGUCGACUUCUAUCCUCGGGAGUCACAUCUUAUAACGUUCCGAGAUCCGUGGAGCUUUCCAACCCUUUUUCAUCCUGCCUGCAACCAGCUUGUCCGAAAGCACAUGGAUGAGUUGGCGCAAAAGAUAGUGUCAAUAUGCGUAUCGCUUGGAGAGUACCCAACCAUACGGUAUUACAGUCCACGAAAUCCUGCGCACGAAGCUAGUGUUCUCUGUUCGCAUCUUGCUCGCUUCGUUCAGCUUGAGUUAGAUCAAUACGCGAAAUUUCACGAAGACUUUCCACCCCCUUCACCUCGACCUCGAGGUGCUCUUAUUAUCACUGACAGGUCUAUGGAUUUAUUUGCUCCAGUAGUCCAUGAGUUUACCUACCAGGCUAUGGUACAUGAUCUUCUACCUUUAGUGGAGGGAGACAAGGUCUACUAUAAAACGGCUCUAACCCAAACUGAAACGAGCGGGAACAUCAAAGAUGUAGAGAUCGGUGAAACAGACAGCAUAUGGGUCAAGAACCGUCAUCUACACAUGAAAGAUCUUUUGGAGAAGCUAGCCUCUGAGUUCCAGGCCUUCAAGGCAAAGAACCCACAGUUUGCAGAAAGUGACAACCCUAGCAGCCUAAACAACAUCAAAGACAUGCUAGCAGGACUGCCGCAGUUCCAAGAAGGCAAGGAAGCCUUUUCACUGCAUCUGAACAUGGCGUCAGAUGCUAUGAACGUUUUUCAAAAGCGCCGGUUAGCAGAUAUCGCUUCGGUAGAACAGUCACUUGCGACUGGAUUAGACGAAGAUUAUAAGAAGCCGAAGAACCUUGCCGACCAGGUUGUCAGGCUACUCGACGAUAAUGAUAUUACUUUCCCAGACCGUCUACGGCUGAUCAUACAAUACCUACUUUACCGAGAGGGUCUUUUGCCCUCUGACACGCAGAAACUGCUUGCGCACGCUCAGUUGCCUGCCCAAGAUGGCGAAGUAAUCCAUAAUCUUGAUCUACUUGGUGCACAUGUUUCAAGAUCGAUGAAGGACACACGGCCGGUAGCUCAAUCUCCUUUUGGUAGGAAACAGACGCCGCAAAGUCCGAGCGAGGAGGAAUCUGGACUCUCAAGAUAUGACCCCGCUAUCAAGCCGAUGCUCGAGGAACACAUACGGGGAACGCUUGACCAAAAUACCUUUCCCUUCACAAAGCCUCAUCUCGACGCAGCCGAAGGACUACUGGGCCAAGAGAACGUUUCUCAAGCAUCACUGCGAAGUGCAAAACCAACUUGGGCACGAACUCGACCAUCUGCAUUAGAGCCCAGGCAGCGCAUCAUUGUCUUUAUGGCGGGCGGUGCAACCUACUCUGAGUCGCGGGCAUGCUAUGAAGUGUCCCAAUUAUCCAACAAAGAUGUCUUUCUGGCCACUUCUCAUAUGUUGACCCCGAGUCUCUAUCUCAGACAAGUCGGAGACUUGAGCGUUGAUAAACGGCGGCUCGAUCUUCCAGCAGAACGACCAAAGCCCCAGGCACCUGCUCAUCUGUUUGAGAGAGAGCCACCGACUGCACCACAGGCUUAUGCAAAGCAGCAACCCACAAAUUCUCAACAACCUCAACCCCCAGUGGCUAGUAUGGGUGCGAUGAGUCUUGGUUCCAAUCCCGCGAACGCAAACAUCUCUUCGAACGGCGCGCUCAAGGGUCAUCGUUUGUCUCCGGCACCUUCAAAUGCAGUCCAAUCUGCCAACAGUAGAUUGACUAAGAAGGAGAAAGACAAGGACUCGGAGAAGAAAAAGAAGCACCACUUCUUUGGCUCGAAGAAGUAA